CACGCCGGUAUGAAAAGAAACGUGUUUGCGUUGCAGUAUUUGUUUUUAUUGUAUUGACGUUUAGUGUACUCUAUCAAGAUUAGCAUUGUAAGCUAAUUAAACAGAUAAUAUUAUAACUCAUUGGCAAAAUGGAUCCUGACUACUAUGAUGAGUUUGGAAAUUAUAUCGGUCCUGAAUUAGCAUCUGAUAGUGAGGAAGAAAAUGAAUAUGGAAACAUUGGUGAUGAUGCAGAUGACAGAGAACCUUCUGAUGAGGAAAUUGAAGAGGAUAAGGAUGAAAAUAAGGAUGCUGGAGAGUCAAAUUCCAUGGCAGUUGUACUUCAUGAAGAUAAAAGGUACUAUCCUAGUGCUUUGGAAGUCUAUGGACCAGAGGUUGAAACGUUAGUACAAGAAGAAGAUGCUCAACCUCUUGACAAGCCAUUAGUUGAACCAGUGAAAAAGACUAAAUUUCAAAUUAAAACUCAACAGCUUCCUGAUACUAUUUAUAAUAUAGAUUAUCUAGCAGAUUUAAUGGAUUGUCCAGAUUUAAUUCGUAAUGUUGUACUUUUGGGACAUUUGCACCAUGGAAAAACUACAUUAGUGGAUUGUUUACUCAGGCAAACACAUCCAUAUAUUCAUUCAGUUACAGAUGAGAAGCCUUUAAGAUGGACCGAUACGUUAUUUACUGAACAACAGAGAGGCGUUUCCACAAAAGCAGUGCCAGUCACUUUAGUUUUGCCAGAUGUCAAAUCUAAAUCUUAUCUCCUUAACAUAUUUGACACUCCAGGACAUGUUAAUUUUUCUGACGAAGCAACAGCUGCUAUUCGUCUGUCCGAUGGAGCAGUAUUAUUGGUAGAUGCAGCUGAAGGUGUCAUGUUGAACACAGAAAGGCUUUUGAAGCAUGCACUGCAAGAAAAGCUAGCCUUUACUGUUUGCAUCAACAAAAUUGAUAGACUUAUACUCGAACUAAAGCUUCCACCUCUUGAUGCUUAUUACAAAUUACGUCACAUUAUAGAGGAAAUUAAUAGUCUAAUAGCCCUACACUCGGAUACAGAGAAUCCACAGUUUGUUUCUCCAGCUAUUGGAAAUGUUUGUUUUGCUAGUUCAGAAUACAAUGUUUGCUUCACAUUGAAAUCAUUUGCAGCGCUUUAUGCAAGAGAUUACCCUUUGUUGAAUAUCAAUGAAUUUGCGAAACGCCUAUGGGGAGAUAUUUAUUUCAACUCAAAGUCACGAAAGUUUACCAAGAAACCAGCUCACAACACUGCUCAGAGAAGUUUUAUUGAGUUUAUUUUGGAGCCAUUGUACAAAAUUUUUGCGCAAGUCGUUGGUGACGUGGACACAACUCUACCCGAUGUUCUUGACGAGCUAGGAAUUCGCCUGACAUCCGAGGAAAUGAAAAUGAAUAUCCGACCACUACUGAGGCUGGUCUGCACGCGUUUCCUUGGUGAUAUGAGUGGUUUCGUGGACAUGUGUGUCUCCCACAUACCCAACCCGAAGAGUAAUGCUUUGUCAAAAGUGUCGCACAUAUACACAGGACCGAUUGAGUCGCUCUUAGCAAAGGACAUGGCCGAUUGCAAUCCCGACGGGCGUCUCAUGAUACACAGCACUAAGAUGUAUCCGACCGACGAUUGCACGUUGUUUGUAGUUCUGGGUCGCGUGAUGUCCGGCACCCUGAACGCCGGCGACAAAGUGCGAGUGCUCGGCGAAGCUUACACGCGCCAGGACGAGGAGGACUCGCGCGUAAUGACCGUGGGUAGAUUGUGGGUCAGUGAGGCGAGGUACAACAUCGAGCUUAGCAUGGUGCCGGCAGGUAACUGGGUUCUGAUCGAGGGCAUAGACCGCGCUAUCGUCAAAACCAGCACGAUCACUGACCUCGUCGACAGCGACGACUUGUGCAUCUUCAGGCCGCUCAAGUUUAACACGCAGAGCGUCAUCAAGAUCGCCGUCGAGCCGGUAAAUCCGUCGGAGUUGCCGAAAAUGCUUGACGGUUUGAGGAAAGUGAACAAGAGUUAUCCGCUGCUGACGACGAAGGUCGAGGAGAGCGGUGAGCACGUGAUCAUGGGCACCGGCGAAUUGUACCUUGACUGUGCCAUGCACGAUCUGCGAAAGAUGUACUCGGAGAUCGAUAUCAAGGUGGCCGAUCCAGUAGUCGCCUUUGCGGAAACGGUCGUCGAGACGUCUUCGCUGAAGUGCUUCGCAGAAACGCCCAACAAGAAGAACAAGCUAACGAUGAUCGCGGAGCCCCUUGAACGUGGCCUUGCGGAGGACAUCGAGUCGGAGCAGGUGAAGAUCACGUGGAACAAAAAGCGCCUCGGCGAGUUCUUCCAGCAGAAAUACGAUUGGGAUCUGUUGGCCGCUCGUAGUAUCUGGGCUUUCGGACCGGACGCUACAGGGCCAAAUAUUUUGGUCGACGACACGCUACCUUCCGAGGUGGAUAAAUCAUUACUGAACAGCGCACGCGAGGCAAUCGUGCAAGGCUUCCAGUGGGGUACCCGAGAGGGUCCUCUCUGCGAGGAGCCCAUCAGAAAUGUCAAAUUCAAGAUUCUCGACGCCGUCAUUGCGCAAGAGCCUCUUCAUCGUGGAGGUGGUCAAAUCAUUCCAACAGCGAGGCGGGUCGCCUAUUCGGCGUUUCUCAUGGCGACACCACGUCUCAUGGAACCUUACCUGUUCGUGGAAGUGCAGGCGCCCGCUGACUGCGUGUCGGCUGUGUACACAGUGCUGGCCAAAAGGCGAGGCCACGUAACGCAGGACGCGCCGGUGCCUGGCAGUCCGCUCUACACCAUCAAAGCUUUUAUCCCAGCGAUUGACAGUUUCGGUUUCGAGACCGAUCUUCGCACCCACACCCAGGGCCAGGCAUUCUGCUUGUCGGUGUUCCACCACUGGCAGAUUGUGCCGGGUGAUCCGCUAGACAAGAGUAUUACGAUCAGGCCCUUGGAGCCCCAGCCAGCCACGCAUCUGGCUCGCGAAUUCAUGCUGAAGACGAGACGCCGGAAGGGACUAUCCGAAGACGUGUCGAUUAAUAAGUUCUUCGACGAUCCCAUGUUGCUGGAGCUCGCUCGGCAGGACGUGCUGCUCAAUUAUCCGCUUUAAGAGCGACGAAGAUGUGCACGCAUGUUUUGUGUGUGUGUGUGUGUGUGUGUGUAUGUGUAUGUGUGUGUGACUGGUUUGAUUAAGGUUUGUGUGAUUAUUUUAGCUUUUUUUCACUUUCUUUCUACUAAGCGUUUGAAGACUGACUUAUGAGUCUUUUCCACGUGCCUCUUGUUGUCCAGCUAAACCGAUACUUAUCUCUCGGGGUCCCAGCACCACGGGUUUGAAUAUCUGAUCAGCUCUCCGAGGAAAGUGUAUAAAUCUUGAGGCGAAAACAUGUAAUCAAAUUUCACUGAGGAAGCAUAAAAAAAUAAAUGAAAUAAAACGACACGCAAG